AAAAUGAAAUUAAAGGAAUACCACCGGCGUAUUCAAAAAUUUAUAAAGAAUGUUGGCAAGAUAAUCCCGAUAGUCGUCCGAGUAUUCAACAAAUUGUUUUAGAUCUGGAAGUUUUAAUUAAUAAUAACAAUCAAAAUGUGACUAGCACUUCUCAUAAACUUGAAACUUCGCAAAUUCUUAAAUUAAUCAAUCAAAUAAUUCAGAAUCAAGCUUGA